AUGUUGAACUCAACUGCGCUAGUAGCGAUAGCCGUUCCUGCGAUACCAAUCCUCAUAAUCAAGGGUCUGUCAUGGCUCAAGCAUCACAGACGAGUCCGCUUCAAGGACUUUCCUCAGAUGAAGACCUCCUUGGUCUGGGGGCAUCUGGUCUCGCUCGCUGAGCAGAUGGCCAAAGGCCCGGAGGCCGAGCAGUUUGACCUUGCCCUCGCCAGAAUCGCGGAAUCGCUAGGACGACCACCUCUAAUGGUUAUCGACAUCUGGCCCCUCAACUACCCCAUGGCCAUCAUCAUCAACCACGACAUCGCCGAGCAGAUAUCCAGGGCUUCCAAGAACUACCCUUAUGGCACCCCCAAGUCGCCAACGAUGAAAUAUCUUAAUCCCAUCAUCGGAAAGCACUCGCUUGUUUCCAUAAAUGGAGAAUCAUGGAAAGCGCUCAGAAAACGAUUUAACUCCGGCUUCGCCCCGCACCACCUCCUCACACUCCUCCCCAACAUCAUCGAAAAAGUCCACCCAUUCCUCGAGCACCUCGACCGCUUCGCCCAAACCGGCGAAACAGCCCUGCUCAGCGACUACACCACGAACCUCACCUUCGAUAUCAUCGGCAUGGCCACCAUGGACAAGGACUUCGCCGCUCAGCGCCCACCCUCUGAGCGCGGCGAGCUCGUGACGCUAUACAUCGAGCUCGUCGAGUCCUUCAAGGCCCAUGAGGACAGCGCCGUGCCGAUCUGGCUCGUCCACCCCCUGACGGCGCUGCGGCAGAUCCAGGUCGCGCGUCGCAUUGACCCCAUGAUUAAGGAUCUCAUCCGCGCCAAGCAUGAGGAGCUGAUCCGCGGCGAGGCCCCCAAGACGCGCAGCGUGCUGUCGCUCGCGCUCGAGGGUGUUGAUGAGUUGACGGACGACAUCCUGCAGCAGACGUGCGAUAGCCUGAAGACUUUCCUGUUCGCCGGACACGAUACCACGAGCAUUAUGCUCCAGUGGGCCUUCUAUGAACUGGAGCGGUCGCCCAAGGUGGCUGAGGCGUUGUGCGCCGAGCUCGACGAGCUGCUCGGAGCGGAGAACACAGAUCCCGCCGUUGUCAUGAAAAUUUUGACGGAGCGGGGCGACGAGAUCAUGAGCAAGAUGACGUAUACUUCGGCGUUUAUCAAGGAGAUUCUUAGGCUUUAUCCGCCCGCCGGUUCGGCGCGUUUGGUCCCUAACGGAACGGGCCUCUUCGUCACUGCGCCCGACGACGGGAAGUCGUACUGCCUCGACGGCAUGAUCAUCUACCUAUGCCCUACCCUCAUCCAGCGCGACCGCGCAGUCUACGGACCGACGUGCAACGACUUUAUGCCGGAGAGGUGGAUCGGCGACUCGGACACGAGCAUCAAGACGAAUAGCGGGCUAACUGUGGGUGAUGGCGGCGAGAAGGCGGCUGCUGGAUCGGACGGGAAAAAGAUCCCGGCGAGCGCGUGGAGGCCUUUUGAGAGGGGACCGAGGGCUUGUAUCGGGCAGGAGCUGGCGAAUAUUGAGUCCAAGAUUAUAUUGGCUUGCGUGGCGAGGAGGUAUGAGUUUAUCAAGGUGGGGACGGGGGCGAUUAAAAGGGAUGCGGAUGGGAAUAGGGUCAUGGGGGAGAAUGGAAAGUUUGUGGCCGAGACGGAGCUUUAUAGCAGUCGGCAGAUCACGGCGAAACCAGUUGACGGUAUGUUGGCCAAGGUGAGGCUAAAGGCCGGCGCUGAACCGCGAAAGACUGCUGAACACACUUCCGCCCCUCGCAAGGUGACCACCUCCAAGUUCGCGACCAUGGAGGAUGACAACAAGCAGGGCGCCAGCCGCCCGAGAUACCGAUUCGAAUCCUACACUACCAGCUCUCGCGAUGAUAAUGCAAGCUUCACGGUCCGCAGAAACGGCAAGGCGUUUUACAUCGACGUCUUGCCGUCGCAGUUUGUCAACUCUCCCGUCACGAAGGACAAGUAUAUGUUGUAUCUGGAGGUGCUCCAGUCGGAUGAAGACGUGAUCGGGGACAUCUAUGAGACAGAUGUUAUCGACUGGGUCCUCGAGCCAUUUGAGCCGUUCUUCGCUGAGCUCGCACCGAGUCCAGCGCCUGGGAGCUUCAAGGUCACCACUCUACGGGACUACCUCGUCCCGGAAUUCUUCCACUUCGCGCUGGACAUCGUAGAUGAGGAAUUACGACCACGCCAGAUCAAAGGGAAGCCUUCUCCCUAUCUUCCGUCGGGCGUUUGGCUUGACGACGAGCUCCUCGAUGACGUGGAGACCUGGACGCACUUUUACGAUCCAGCCAACAUUGUCUUGAGCUUCGACCAACCCGAAGACGCACUCUUCAAGCUGCCCAGGAAGGUCCUCAUCGACAACGGUCAAACAACCUGCUUCUUUAAGGAGUGCUACUCCCCUGCCCAGACGAAAAACGAGCUCCUAGCGUACAAGAAGAUUAAUGCGGCCAAUCUGGAUCCUGAGCUCCACAUAUGUCACUUUUACGGUGCCGUGAUGAAUGAUCAGGGCUCCAUCGCCGGCUUGUUGCUGAGUUACAUAGACUGUGGCAGCCAAACCAUGUGGUCGCGAGUCGGUGCGGAUGAACCCUCCGCUUCCAUCAGAGGACGGUGGGUAAAUCAACUCGACGCUUCUAUUAUCGCGCUUCACAAGAUCGACGUCAUCUGGGGGGACGUCAAGGCAGAGAAUGUACUUAUCGACCAGGACGACAAUGCGUGGAUUACCGAUUUUGGUGGCGGUUACACUGAGGGUUGGGUCAAAAAGGAGGUAGCUGGGACGGUGGAAGGCGACCUGGCUGGCAUGGCAAAGCUUAGAAAGUUCAUCGUGGAGGGCGAAUAG